AAAACUAAAAUUAUACUCCACAGAGAAGGAAAAAAAAUGUCUUAUAUAUAAAGUGUGUGCGUGUAAAAUACAGUGGUAAUGGUGUCGUAGUACUGCUCUAAAGUGAAAUCCAAACCCAAAGACCCACCAAAGUUAAUUUUUUUUUAAAAAAAUCACAGCAAAAAAAGCCGGCUUCUUUAUAUUUUUUGUGUUAAUUUUAAUCUGAUUUUUUGUUUUCUUGAUUGGAGAAGGGAAAAUUAAGUGAUACCCAGUUGGAGAAUUUGUGUUUCAUGAGAUGGGCUUACUUUGAAAUUGAGAAUUUUGUUGAGUUUUAUUGAUUUACAGGAGAUGGGUUGUUUUCCUUGCUUUGAUUCAAGGGAAGAAGAGACUCUUAAUCCACAGAAGGAAUCUGAUGAUCGGAAACAAAUUUUUCCUACUGAGUCUUCUAAUAUUUCCAAAUUAUCAUCUGGAGCCGACAGGCUUAGAUCGAGAAGCAAUGGGAGGUCGAAAAAAGAUUUACCGAGUCCAAAAGAUGGACUUAUUCCUGGAGUCAACAUUGCAUCUCAAACGUUUACGUUCCGUGAACUUGCGGCUGCAACGAAGAAUUUUAGGCAAGAGUCUUUCUUAGGGGAAGGAGGAUUUGGGCGUGUAUAUAAAGGUCGGCUUGAGACCACUGGUCAGGUUGUUGCUGUGAAACAAUUGGAUAGAAAUGGCCUCCAGGGUAAUAGGGAAUUCCUUGUAGAGGUUCUCAUGCUCAGCCUUUUACAUCAGCCUAACCUUGUGAACCUCAUAGGUUAUUGUGCUGAUGGAGAUCAAAGGCUUCUUGUGUAUGAGUUUAUGCCAUUGGGAUCAUUGGAAGAUCACCUGCACGAUCUGCCGCCUGAUAAGGAACCGCUUGAUUGGAACACGAGAAUGAAGAUAGCUGCAGGAGCUGCUAAAGGUUUGGAAUACCUGCACGAUAAAGCGAAUCCUCCUGUUAUUUACAGGGAUUUCAAAUCAUCCAAUAUAUUACUCGAUGAAGGUUUUCAGCCGAAGCUUUCUGAUUUUGGUCUGGCAAAGCUUGGUCCCACCGGAGACAAGUCGCAUGUUUCGACUAGAGUUAUGGGCACCUAUGGCUAUUGUGCUCCUGAAUAUGCCAUGACCGGUCAGUUGACUGUAAAAUCUGACGUCUACAGUUUCGGGGUGGUUUUCUUAGAGCUGAUUACUGGACGUAAAGCCAUCGACAGCAUGCGACCACAUGGAGAACAAAAUCUCGUCACAUGGGCUCGCCCAUUAUUCAAUGAUCGCAGGAAAUUUCCAAAAUUGGCAGACCCACGAUUGCAGGGGCGUUAUCCAAUGAGGGGACUCUACCAGGCUCUAGCAGUGGCUUCCAUGUGCAUUCAGGAACAGGCUGCAGCACGGCCUCUCAUUGGGGAUGUGGUCACUGCCCUCUCAUAUUUGGCAAAUCAGGCAUACGAACCUAAUGAGAAAAGAAAUAGAGAUGAUCGAGGGGGACAAUUAUUGAAAAAUGAGGAAGCGGGAGGAUCGGGACGAAGAUGGGAUCUGGAAGGGUCCGAGAAAGAGGAUUCUCCGAGAGAAACUGCCAAGACGUCAAACCGAGAUUUAGAUAGGGAACGAGCUGUUGCCGAGGCAAAGAUGUGGGGAGAGAACUGGCGAGAAAAAAGACGACAAAGUGCUCAAGGUAGUUUUGACGGAAGUAAUGGCUGAUACGUGAAGUGCCAUUUCUCUCCAGCCUCGUCGAGAAGCAACGAGACUGCAUGUUUUUUCGAUUUCUUUAGUUCUCUUUUUGUGAAACAUAGAACAAGAUGUUAAUGAAGAAGGAAAAAAAAGUAGAACUGAGGAAGUGUACAUUAUUUGCUAGAAGAGCAAGAUAAGAACAAGACUUGCUUAUAGAAAUUUUGAGAGUAAAACAGACUGUCUGUGUUCUACUUGCUCUUAUAGGUCUUUACUGAGCAAAAACAUAUCUGCUGUCUGUACUUUGUUGUCUUCUUCAAUGGCAUUUUUACUACAAGCUAAUGUAUGUAAUUUUAUCGACUAA